AUGAGCCCUCUCCGAGCAGAUUUACCCCGAACUUUUCCCCAGGGUUUAAAGGACCCCUUCACCCCACCCAGCCCAGCCGCCUCGCUCUCCGACUUCAAAGUGCCGGCCCUCCGCACCACUACUUACCGAUUUCAGCCGCUCUCGCAUGAAAACUUCCCGCCACCAGCCUUUCCUUUUCCUCCAGCUGAGAGCACCCGCCCUUCCGCCAAUGGGAAGCGGUCUUGGAGCUGGGGUGGGGGAGGCUGCGUGUUUCCGGAAGACGUGGCGGCUCUCCCCUGGGCUGUUUCCCGGCUUCUCUUCUCCCGACUUUGCUUCACGCCUUGGGCAUCCGGAGGUCCGGUAGUCGCUGCCCUCAUUGCCGCAGCCAUGAUCUCCUUAACCGACACCCAGAAAAUUGGAAUGGGAUUAACAGGAUUUGGAGUGUUUUUCCUGUUCUUUGGAAUGAUUCUCUUUUUUGACAAAGCUCUACUGGCUAUUGGAAAUGUUUUAUUUGUAGCUGGCUUGGCUUUUGUCAUUGGUUUAGAAAGAACAUUCAGAUUCUUCUUCCAAAAACAUAAAAUGAAAGCUACAGGAUUUUUCCUGGGUGGAGUAUUUGUAGUCCUUAUUGGUUGGCCUUUGAUAGGCAUGAUCUUUGAAAUCUAUGGAUUCUUUCUCUUGUUCAGGGGCUUUUUUCCUGUGGUCAUUGGCUUUAUUAGAAGAGUGCCAGUCCUUGGAUCCCUCUUGAAUUUACCUGGAAUUAGAUCAUUUGUAGAUAAAGUUGGAGAAAGCAACAAUAUGGUAUAACAACAAGUGAAUUGAAGACUCAUUUAAAAUAUUGUAUUAUUUAUAAAAUCCUUUGAAGAAUAUUCAGCACAAAAUUAAAUUACAUGAAAUAGCUUGUAAUGUUCUUUACAGAAGUUUAAAACGUGUAGUCUACAGAGUACCAAUAGCAGUUAACAAAGAGGCCAUGAGAACAGGCUUCUAAUCAAGUGAGCUAAGAAGUCAGCAAGCAAACUAAAGGAGAUGAAUCUAUGUUACAAUACUUAUUGAAACUCUUGAAGGCGAUUUUUAUUGUUUAUCCACAAUAUGCGAAACACAGCCAUCCUUGGAGAACUCUGGGGCCUGUUUCUUUUCUUCUUCUUUUGAAGGCGCAGAAGAACCCAUAGGCAUUUGCUUUUUAGAAAUAUCCACUGGAGUGGCAAAAGUAUUUCCAGUUGCACUGUGUGUCUGAAAGUGAUGCAUGAGUAAGAUUGGAUUAUGUCAUUUAAUGUAUUAAAACUAAGGAAAAUCCAGUUUUGAUGUAUUAAUCACUUUUUUUUGUAAACAUAUGGUUAAAAUAAAACAUUUGUGGUACUUCUGAUUCUUAAUAUUUUAAAGCCAGAUGAAAAUCUGGACUAGAUAUUCACUGACAGAAUAUGCAAAGGUCAUUCUUUAUAACUAAACACUCCAGAACUACUCAUACUUCUUGAGAGUCUGACCUAAUUAUCUGUAUCCUUCA